GAUAUGGAUUGAUUUCAUGCUGUUUCUUUUGUCCCUGAUUACACUGAAGAGUUACAUCAUUUCUCUGUUGAACACAAACGGAUGUUUUUCAUCUACAGUGAAAAAGGCAAGAGGAUCAAGACAUAGGAGAAAACUAAUAGGUUGGUUCUGGAAAGCUGGGGCCUUCUAAGCUUGUGAUGUCACAGAAUUCUUGGAAUUUCUCCACCAACUGUCAUUUGGAGCCAUUGAACUUCUGAAGGGCAGUCCAGAAUUUUUGAAUGUUCACCUGAAGAAAGCUACUGGGGAACUUGUGUCUGGAACAGCAAGAAAAAUCGUUUCUUGAUAUGCCUCAGGACGGGAAGAAUCCGAAAAUAUCCAAAGAGAUGGAAGGAGAGCUAGAAUGGAGCAUGGGAGAUCCUUUUGACCAGCUGGAGAAGCUCCAUGGUCUUUCUGAUGAGGAGAAAGGCGAGAAGGCCCUGCUGCGUUCGCGCCUCAACGAACAGUCUCAGUUGAUCUGUAUCCUCAAGAAACGAGCUGACGACCAACUGUUGCGCUGCAAGACGCUGGAACAGAUCAACGCCGAGCUGGAGGAGACGAGAAUGGGAGAUGCUUUGAGGCUGGAGAAUCAGACACGACGCAUCCAGCAUCUGGAACAGCGCUUUAUGGACCUGGCUGCCAACCACGAAGAAAUGAUCCGCUUCAAAGACGAGCACAAACGACAGAAUAAGCAACUCCGAGAAGAAAACAGCCACCUGCGUCAAGAGAACGAAAGCCUCUUCAGCCAGCCUCUGAAAGAUAAAGAAGCAGAGCUGGCCCAGAUUUCUUCUCAGUUCAAGAAACUUUCCACGGACAUGGAGGCCUUGAAGAAAAGUUAUCAACAGCACUGUCGUUCAGCCGAAGAUCGAGAGAAAGAACUUCUGGAGGCCCAGAAAGAACAAACCAGAGUCUACACCAAGGAAACAGACUCUUUGAAAAGGCAACUGGACGUCUUGGAGAAGAAGCAGAAACGGGUCCUUAACCAACUGGAACAAGCAGAGAGCCAGCUCAGAGAAGCUGAGAGCGGCCUGCAAGCUAAGCUGGAGGUGCUCACAAAGGAGAAGGAGGACCUGCUGAACCUGGCCAUGGAGAGAGGCAAGGUGCUUCAGGAAAAGCAACGGGAGAUCCUUCAGCUAGAGAAGAAGGCGGAGGAUAUGGAGAAGGCCAAGCAGGCAGCCGAACUACAGUUUGAGACAGAAGCUGCAAUGGUGGACAGUAACCUACGAGUUAGAGAUCUAAAGCGCCGUCUUGAGGGGGCAGAACAAGCCUACUCGGAGCUCCGGAUGCACUUUGAAGCUUACAGGAAGCACAGCACAGAAUUGCUGAACAAAGAGAAAGAGUUAAAUACCAAACUGCGUCACUUUAUGGCUUAAUGAGCAUAGUUAAGGUUUCCUGUCCAUCUUGAAGCCUUCUUUUAAGGAAAGACUCACCUUUUAAGAGAUCGGGGUGUUUUUUCCUAACGUAGUUGCUAAAUAUAACACCUUUUAUUCAGAGUUAGAUAGAAUGAUCACUCGUGGGUUGUUGCCAUCGCUAUGUUGACCACUCAGCCCAGAGAGAUGUUGAAUACUUAGAAUAUCUUAACAAUAAAUGUGU